CGGUUGUCACUCCCUAUCGAUUAACCCAUCGUUGUAAUAUCUCCCACCACCCAGCUGCCAACUCUCGUCGCUACCCAAACGAAUCACUCACAACCCUCUCUUCGUUAACCCCAACCAAAAUUCCUACCCUAUACCGUCAAAACACCAGCCCAGAACCAUAG